UAAAACAAUAUGUUAUUUUGUACUAUAUGAUUUAUUGAAAAUAUUUAUGUUAUUUCAGCUGAGUUUAGAGUAACUAGAGGGUAAUUUUUGGUGCAGUUCUCUCACAUGAAUAGGCCUAUAGUGUAAGAGUAAUUUAAGCACACUUCUUUAAUACCUCUGUGUCUAACUCAAGAUGUGUACUGUUAUGUUUUUUUGCACAUGGUUCUGAUAUGGUUAUGAUUAAUGACAUUUUGAAUGUUAAUGGUUACUUACCAUAAGUAUUAUUGAAACACUGUUCAUAUGAACAGGUAAAUGUGUGAGCACUUCCAUGUUUAGUCCUCAUAAAUGAUACACUUAAGACUGAAUGUUGUACAACUGAGACAGAGAUUUAAGAUUUGAAUAGAAAUGAAGAUUCAUGUCAGAAUUAGAUGUAAUGGUGUGCAUCUUUUGACAUUUGAUAUCCCUGAUGAUGCAUCUGAGAAAAGACGGUGUUGAAUGUAAAUUGUGUGACCUGUCUACAGGUCAGGUUUUUUUGGAGGACUGAAGAGUCUGAGGUUCAGGACAAACUUCCUGCUGUAACAGAUGGCGAGCCAACUACCCUGAAGAAAGAUCAGCACCAAGAAGAUAUCCACGUACCCACUCAUUCACACACACAUUAUACAUUUACAUUACACUACAAAGACCUCUGGAAUCAGGUGAACUUGCAAUAAUCCUACAACAGGAAAACCUGCAACAACUUCUAUUUUACUUAAGGGCCCCAAUGGACAUUUUUUUGUUUCAAGUGUGCACACUGAGUUUUUCUUAUUGUCUUACUGUUUGUGUCAUUAUUUUGUAUUCUGUACAAAUCAGACAAAUUGUUUUAUCCACUGUUAAAAAUUAUACGAGUGGCUACUCAACUAUUACCCCUGCGAUUGCCUCAUUAUUGUUGCUCAGUACAGUGGCUCCUUCCGAAUUUAGUGUCUUCUGUUUCUGGUCCAGGUAUUAUAAAUAGUCCAAGUAAUUAUUACACUGUAAUUCACUUUUAUAUCCCUAAAGUGGGUUACAGAAGUGGCGAGCCAGCCAGGAGCCAUUUGAUUUGAGCAUCAGUAUUGAAGUAAUGACCAGUAUGGAUUUCAUACAAAAGUCUGGUGUCAAAAUUCUAAACGCAGUUAUUGUCAGUGGGAUAACGCAGAUGGCUGAACAAGAUGAACAAGUGCUUGACUUUCUAAAACGGUAUGGUAAAAUCGAGAGAAUCCUUUUGGUUGAUGAUUCACAGUCCGAGUUUCUUCAAAACCUGAUCGUUGAAUAUUCUAACGGUUCAGCCUUAGAAGGUUUAGAACCUUACUUACCGUACACAUGCACAGCACAAGGUGACUCUACCGUUGUCUAUGAAGUCAAGACACUCGGUAGCAUGUACGCUACCAAGGUUGGAAGUAAUGUUACUAAGACAUACUUAGCUGAACUCAAGCAAUUAGCUAAGAUGAGUGGCAAAGACUAUGGUGAGGUGUUGAAAGAAAUGAUGUCUCAGAUUGGGGAAGAUGUUGAAGCCAUGCAGCACACAACUGAGGAAUCCUCCCCCGCAGAUGUUGAGACUACUGUCUUGUCCCCACCUGCUCAUAAAGAGCAGCAAUCUCACACCUCAAUUUCAGAUGUCACACCAAGCAACAAUGGUGCCACCGACCACGUUUCCCUCACUAAUGGAACGAGAGCACCGUCCCUUUCAGUAAGUGACUUGAACCCACCUGACAUCCAGAAGGUCGUGGUCGAGCAUAUUGUACGGAGGCAAGACGUUGUCCCACACAUCCAGUCCCAGGUGAGACUCCGCUCCUUCUCCGGCAAGACUCCCAGACCUAAUCAUGAGACUGAUUAUGACACAUGGCGCACAUACAUUGAGUUGCUCCAGAAUGAUCCCAGCAUGCCCCUCCUGCAAAUAUCCAGAAAAAUCCAUGAGAGCUUGCUCCCACCAGCAGCUGAUGUAGUCAAGGGCUUACGGCCUGAGUCACCACCUGCAGCCUACCUACAGCUCCUAGACUCAGCCUUUGGUACUGUGGAAGAUGGGAAGGAGCUUUUCGCUCAAUUCCUGAACAUCCUCCAAGACUCAGGGGAGAAACCAUCCACUUACCUUCAUCGGCUCCAGUUAGCCUUAAACCGAGCCACAGAAAGGCGGGGAGUUACACAUAAAGAAGUAGACAAACAUCUUAUUAAGCAGUUCUGAAGGGGGUGUUGGGAUAACACCAUGCUCAGCGCCCUGCAACUGGAGCAAAAGAAGAGCAGCCCACUGCAAUUCUCAGACCUCUUGCUGAUGAUUCGCUCCGAAGAAGAUCGACAGCAAGAAAAAUCUAGUCGCAUGAAAAAACAUAUUGGCAUCACAAAGUAAAGAGCUCAGGUGCAGUUCCAUGAUGCAUAUGUUUGUGAACCAGAGGAGAAGGGUGGGAGUAGUAUCAGUGCUAUAGAGGAUCUGUGAAAGCAAGUGGCAAGUCCGCAAAGCCAACUAACUACAUUCAUGUCACAGAAAAAUACAAAAGGGGCUAGCAGCAAGGGAUCUGCAGCUAAGCCACAGAGCAGGAUGUCAAAGCCCAAUGAUACAGACAUGCAAAGACAAAAAGAAACGGACAUACAAACCCAAGCCCUGCUAUUGUUUUAACUGCAGUGAAAAUGGGCACAUCGCCCCCUGCUGCACCGUCCCUGCAAACCCCAACUUAGUGGCAGAAAAGAAGAAGCAGUUGGAGGAAAAACAGCACCAGUGGGAAGCACAAAAUGGUUCAAACUUACCUUUAAACGGCUAGCAGUUCCUGUUGUGGGACAGACAGGGGCUGAGGAGAGUCAACAGCGUCCCUCCGACGUAAACCAUGAAGACAAAACUCCUGUUAAGAUGAACAAAGUCAAUACACCAGCAAAGAGUAUCAAAACUCAAACAUGUUCCAGCCUAUAGCAUUCAAAGCAGAACCAACCUUUCCAACUCCCCACCCGGUUGAUUGGCAAUAAGAGUAAAGCUCAAGUGACUGUGAGAGGUGAAGAGGUCCACUGCCUCCUUUACUCAGGCUCACAAGUUACCACCGUACCUAAGUCAUUUUACAAGGAGCACCUUUCAGAGCAGAAGAUUAAGCCACUUCAUGACCUCUUAGAAGUGGAAGGUGCAAAUGGGCAGCUGGUACCUUACUUUGGCUAUAUAGAAAUGACCAUAACCUUUCCAAAAGACUUCAUAGGAGCUCCAAUAGAUAUAAACACACUUGCCUUGGUUGUCCCUGACACUUCACAAUCCCUCAUGCUCAUAGGCACAAACACCAUAGAUGUACUGUUUGACAUUUACUCAGAGACUGAUUUAACCGAUCACCAGCCCCUCCCACAUGGCUACAAAGUAGUUUUCAAGGUCAUUGAGCUGAGGCGGAAGAAGCAAGCAACGACCACCGGGGGUAGUGAAGAUGCAAGGCAAGACGCCUCAAGUCAUUCCAGCCGGUGAAACGGUAGUGGUGGAGGGAGUUGCUCUUGUCAGUGGUCUUCAGGAUGAGAAAUCCGUCGUCAUUGAGUACCCAUCGUCAUCCCCCUUGCCAGGUGGCCUGCUAGUAAAAGCUGGUCUAGUUGAUUUCCCUCAGCUACGGCCUCAUAAGCUGCCAGUCGUCAUAAGCAAUGAAUCUGAUCAUGACAUUGUCAUUCCUGCUAAGUGCACGAUUGCAGAGGUUAGUGCUUAUCAGACCAUCCUAUUAAAGGAGCACAGUAUAGCCAAGCAAUCACAAUUCCUCCAGAGACCUCCAGAGACCCAGUCAUCCCAAGAGCCCACCUUAAAUUUCAAUUUCGGUGAUUCCUCGGUCCCACUCGAAUGGAGGCAGCACAUCACUCAGCAGCUCAACAACAUGGCUGAUGUGUUUGCACAUCAUGACCUGGAUUUUGGUUGGACAGAUAAGGUAAGACAUCACAUAAAACUCUCAGAUGAAAGUCCCUUCAAAAUACGUGCUCGACCAAUCCACCCACAGGACAUUGAAGCUGUCCGAAGGCACAUUAAAGAGUUUCUUGAUGCGGGAGUUAUCAGAGAGUCAGAGUCGCCAUUUGCAUCACGCAUAGUGGUAGUCCGGAAAAAGAACGGCCAAGUUCGGUUGUGCAUCGAUUAUAGGCGCCUAAACUUCCAGACUAUAAAAGAUGCAUACAACCUUCCAAAGCUGGAGGACGCAUUCUCAGCCCUCAGUGGUUCUCGGUGGUUCUCAGUCCUCUACCUAAAGUCAGGGUACUACCAGAUCGAGGUUGAAGAGGCAGACAAACCAAAGACGGCCUUCGUGUGUCCACUCGGAUUCUGGGAGUAAUAGAAUUAAUAGAAUGCCUCAAGGUGUGACGAAUGCCCCCAGUACGUUCCAAAGAUUAAUGGAACGGUGCAUGGGGGAUAUGCAUUUGAAAGAUGCGUUGGUCUUCCUUGAUGAUGUGCUCGUAUUCUCCAGAACCCUUGAGGAGCACGAAGAAAGACUCAUGAGAGUUCUAACUCAUCUCAAAGAGUUUGGGUUGAAGUUAUCCCCAGAAAAGUGUGCCUUCUUCCAGACGUCAGUCCGCUAUCUGGGUCAUGUAGUCUCCAGAAAUGGCGUUGAGACAGACCCUGAGAAGAUUUCAGCUCUUAAGACAUGGCCUGUCCACCAGACCCUAUGGGAGCUGAAAUCCUUCCUCAGUUUUGCUGGGUACUAUAGGAGGUUCGUUAAGGGCUACUCCAGCACUGUAAAGCCUCUUCACAACUUAACCUCCGGCUACCCACCUUUCCACAAGAAAUCAAAAGCGAAACUAGCAGGCAUAAGACAGCAAACAAACAAAUACCAUGACCCAAAAGAACCCUUUGGAGGGCGCUGGACGCCAGCUUGCCAGCAAACCUUCGAGGCAGUCUUCCGCUAACUUACAUCCAGACCUCGGCCAAACUUGACGCGACCAGCUGUAGGUGGCUAGCAGCGCUGUCCACAUUCUCCUUCAAACUCCUCUAUCGCCCAGGAAGGCAGAACGGAGAUGCGGAUGGAUUAUCACGCUGACCACAUGGGAUGCUAGCAGACGAUCUGAAAUCACAAAGAGAGAGAGCGCGCAUACAGCAGUUCACACAAGAUCACCUCUCUGAUCCAAAGAACAUCAAUGUGGUAGAUCAGUCUGUUGUGAAAAUCUGCGAGAGACAGCUCACCUACAGCGUUUGUCCUGAUGGUGAGAGAGGGGGAGAUACAGACUGUAUUGCUUGGAGACUCUCGCCGUGUCUCCUAGUGCGUCUCACAUCUCCUGAUUUAAUGGAGCUUGUAGUGACUUUACCUGUAGUCACUGAGGUGGCAGUUAGUGUCCUCCAGUCUGACGCGUGCGGCUUCAAAUUAAAACAGUGUCUCUGCUCGUUUUACUGAUGUUUCAUUCAUUUACGGCACUGCAGGUAAGUUAUCAUUCAGUCAACAUUAAGUUUCCAAUAAACCAAUAUUAUACAACCUGACAACAUUCACCUGCUUGACACGGCGUUUGAGCACGGUCGAAAACUGUUCGGCUUCCCUCUCCAAACUGCACACCUGCAUUCAUUCAUUCAUUAGCCAUCAUAUAUGCAGUCCACUCCCAACAGUGGGCAACCCCGUGGCUCCUAAAGCCACACCCACACAGUCAUACCGACACUAUCAACAAUCAAAACAAAGUAACCAUGUUUUGGCUCCAACACACCGGCCCCUAAUUGAGAAUGCAGGAGGCAUGAACAAUUCAACAUAAAUUACAUUCAUAAUGGAGCCAAUAAUUCAUAAACACAGUCUUGUAUAUAUUAAACUGUUUUGGUUGCAGCUUCUUGAAGCAAACAAAGUUGGGUUACUGCCCUGUCCAGUGUGCUAGUUUUAGUCUUUACUCUUGCAGAACGCACCAAUCCUUUCCUAUCCGGAUAGGUUUCCAGGACUCUUCCAAGCAGCCAAGAACCAUGUGGCGCUGUAGAGUCUGCGAUAAGCACGUCUACUGGGACAAGACUCCGUCUCUUCUUGCUCCACCUCUGCCGCUCCUGUAGCAAAGGUAAGUAUUCUCUCAACCAGCGUUUCCAGAAAAGGUCUGAGAUGUACUGAACUCGUCUCCACCUCCUUUUGAGGUAAAGGUCAGACUUCUCGAACAAGCCGGGUGGUAGGAUUGGCUUUCCUUUCAUGGUGAGAAUAUGAUUGGGAGUGAGAGCUUCCAGAACGUUGGGAUCUCCUGACAGUUUUGUUAUGGGGCGGUCAUUCAGGAUGGCUUCAACUUCACACAGUACUGUAUGAACCCUCCUCAUUCAAGGUUUGCUGGUGUAAGACUGAGGUAAGUAUACGUUUAACCAUCCUUAUGAUUCGCUCCCAUACACCUCCGUGAUGAGAGGCUGCUGGUGGGUUAAAGCUCCACUUCAUUCCUUCCUCCAGGAACGCUGACUGUAUUUUGCUGUGAUUUAAAGCAGCAAGAGCUUCCCUCAACUCUCUUUCAGCACCGACAAAGUUGGUUCCAUUAUCGGAUCGUACAUGAGAGACUGGUCCCCGUCGACAAACAAACCUGCGUAGAGCAUUUAUACAGGAGUCUGUAUCCAAUGAGUAGGCAACCUCCAAAUGGACUGCUCUACAUGCCAUACAGGUAAAAAUGACUCCAUAGCGUUUUUCAAUGGAUUGGCCCCUUUUGAUCUCAAUUGGACCAAAAUAAUCAACUCCAACGUUGGUAAAUGGAGGAAGAUCAGGAACAAUGCGCUCUAGAGGCAAGUCUGACAUCUUCUGCUCACCCAACUUCCCUCUAUGGUGCCUGCAGAAGACACAGUCAGACAGGAUUUUACGUGUGCUGCAUUGGCACUAGUGAUCCAAUACUUUCUCCGCAACCUUGAGAGAACAUGGUUUCUUCCACCAUGGCCCACCUGCUCGUGGAUGUGCUUGAGUAGCAAAUUGGAUACAUGGAGGUCUUUUGUGAGGAUGACGGGAUGCUUAGAUUCCGCAGACAUUGCUGCUCUAUUCAAUCUCCCUCCUACUCGAAUUAAGCCAUCCUCCAGGAUGGGGUCUAGCUUGUAGAUGGAACUCUCCUUCUUCACUUCACCCUUUCCAGAGGACAGCACAGGAAGUUCCUCAUGGAACCUUUCUUGCUGCGUGAAGCGAAUGAUUGCCGUUUCUGCUUUUGAUAGGUCGUCUGGAGUCAAACUCUGAUUUUUUAAUUUCGCUUUAAUGCGUUGCAUAUCCUGUUCCACUUUACCUGCAUCUUCAUGACCCAUAUCCUUUCAUUGUUGACUCAUUUCCAAUAGAGUCUUCCUUAUUUUCAGGAUCCAAGCAACUGACCUCUUCAACCGCUUCCAGUCGGAGAAGUAUGUGAUCAGUUGAUGUGUGGGACUUGGUGUAUUUACAAUUACUGCAUUGGUGGUGAGCUCCUUUUUGACCUCAGGGUCAUUAGCAGUAAUGUCGUACUCCAAGCUAAUAGAUGGCCAUUGUUCCUCUGGGUUCAACAGAAACUCAGGGCCCUCAAUCCAUGUUCUAUUGGUCAGCAAGUCAUCCACUUUUACUCCUCUUGAGGCUUUGUCCGCAGGAUUCUGGGUGGUAUGAACAUACCUCCAUUGUGAAACAUCAGUUGACCUUCUGAUGAUUGAAAUCCUGUUUGCCACAAAGGUGUGGAAUCUCUUGUCUUCAUUCCUGAUAUAUUUCAAAACUGAAGUGCUAUCGGUCCAGAAACAGGAUUUUUUAAGGUGAACCUGUAUUUCUGUUUUAAGCAUUGUGUCCAAAUGAACAGCAAGCACGGCAGCAGUGAGCUCUAAGCGAGGAAUCGUCACUUGCUUGAGUGGGGCAACCCUGGCCUUGCCUAGCAUGAAAGAGAUAUGACAACGGUUGCUGUUGUUCCAUAUUUUAAGAUAUUUCACCUUGCCAUAGCCCUUUUCGCUAGCAUCAGAGAAGUGGUGUAACUGCCCACACAUGGAUAUCCCAAAAUCUGCUGGCUUAAUACAUCUUUCAACUUUGAAUACCACCACCCUUUCCAGUUCUCUUAACCACUUUGUCCACUGCUGUUGUAGAGUUGGGUGGAUUGGAUCAUCCCAUCCGUAGCUCCUCCUACACAGAUCUUGCAGUAUGAGCUUGGCGGGAAGUGUGAGUGGUGCAAGAAAUCCCAAAGGAUCAUAGAUUGAGCUGACCACAGAUAAAAUACCACGUUGAGUAGGAGACCGUUCUUUGAGUGACAGCUUGAAAUGAAAGGUGUCCGUUUCAACACACCAGUGUAGUCCAAGGGCUCUCUCUACUGGCAGUUGGUCUCUGUCCAGAUUUAAUUCCUGGAGAUUCUUUGCCCUGUCCUCUUCUGGAAUAGAUAGCAGCACCUUACGGUUGUUACUCACCCAUUUUGUCAAAUGGAAGCCUCCUUUUUGACAAAUAGUUGUUAAGUCCUUGACCAUUUCAACAGCCUCAUCUUCUAAUGGCAAACUUUUAAGACAGUCAUCCAUGUAGAAGUUCCUCUUGACUGUGUCAAUUACAUCAGUAGGGAAGCUGUUUUGGUUGUCUUCUGCUGCCUUUCAGAGGGCAUAACAAGCACAGCUAGGAGAAGACACCGCCCCGAACAGAUGCACAGUCAUCCUAUAUUCUACCAGUUCCUGAGAUGCAUCGCCCUCAGGCCACCACAAGAACCGAAGGAAGUCACGAUCUUUCUGUGCCACAUUGACUUGAUGGAACAUUGCUUGAACAUCAGUCAUCAGGGCCACAGGUUCUUGUUUGAAUCGGAUAAGGACUCCUAACAAAGAGCUGGUGAGGUAAGGGCCUUGUAGAAGCUCCUUAUUGAGGGAUUUCCCUUUAUACUCUGCUCCACAAUCAAAAACAACAUGCAGAGUUCCUUUUUUGGGAUGGUACACUCCAUGGUGCGGAAUGUACCACACCUUACCAUCAGACUUUUCCAGCUCUUGUUCAGGUACACGCUCAGCAUAUCCCUUACUGAUUACAUCGUUGAGAAAGUUGGUGUAUUCUCGAUGGAACUUCUCAUCUCUCAUAAACCUUCUUUUCAAUCCAAGAAUAAGUUGCCUAGCAACACAUUGAUUGUUUGGCAGAGAGAUGUCUUUAUGUUUAAAGGGAAGUUCCAAGGUUUAAUGACCAUUUUGGAUCUUGCAUGAAUCCUUCAUGAUUUCCGAGAACUUCAUGUCAUCCCUUGACAUUUCCUCUUUGUCUUCUGAUGACAGUUCAUUAAAAUCACGUUUGUACUGAUUCAUCAGCAACUGCUCCAAGUUCGUAAUGGAGAUUCUAUUGACAGAAGCAACAGGGUAGCCACUCUUGCAUUGUUCCUCUCUGUGUACUGAAAGGGGACCAUUAAUAACCCAUCCCAAUAGGGUCUUAAUGGCAUAUGGCCCAUUGCCACGACAGUUAAUUACCUCCCAUGGUUCAAGCAGUUUAGAAGCAUUGGUUCCAAUCAACAACUCUACUUCUGCUUGAAUGUGAGGAAUUACAGCACCUUUCAAAUAUGGCCAAUUGGCCAAUUCCUCUUCUUUUAUGAUGUUAUUUGUGCUCACUGGCAUCCUCUUCUGGGUGUAAACCAUGGGCAGGUCAUAAAACUGCUUUCCAGUGAGGCUUGAGAUCUCCAGGUCCGUAAGCAUGUAACUGGAUACUGAUGUUUUUGCUCCCAUGGUUAACAGGCUAAUUUGAGCUUUCCUUCCAGUAAGGUUCAGCUUUCGCAUGAGAUUUUCUGAACAAAAUGUGUUGGUACUGCCUUGAUCCAGAAAAGCAUAAGUUUGGAUUAUUUUGCCUCCCUUGCUAGAUUUCACCUGUACAGGCAAGAUUGACAAAAUCCCAUCACUGUUGCCGGCCCCUGUUUGUCCACAUGGUUUUAAAGAGACUAGUGCAUUGCUUCCUGAUGGUUUCCUUUGUUGGUUGGUAUCUGUGCUGCGUGCUUUCUCCUUUUGAUUAAUGUGCAGAACACUGGGAUGGUUUUGGUUGCACUUUAUGCAAGUCAAGCGCUUCUCGCAGUCUUUGCUUAGGUGUCCAAAGUGAAGGCAGCCAAAACAGAUUCCUUUUGUUCUUAUAAAAGCAAUCUAUUCCCGGUGUGCUUUGUUGUCAAACUGUGGGCAUUGGUCCAAUGUGUGACCUUUAAAACAGCAUAUACAAGAGUUAGGAGUGUGAGCAGAUGCCUUGCUUUGCUUAAACCUUCCUAGAUCUUCCACUAUUGGUGUUUCAAUGGUGGUAACAGUUGCAAAGCUGUCUCCUUUGAAUCUGGGUUUGCUUUGUGGGUUUGACCUUAAUUUAUUCACAGAUUUACUUCCUGUAUUUGCUGGUGUGGUUUGAAUGUCUCCAAAGACAGGAUCGGAAAUGAUUUUGACCUGACGUUCAAUGAAUGUGACGAUGUCUGUAAAUUGUGGCCUACGAUUGUAUUCUUCAAUGACUUAACAAACAGAGGCUCUCCAUUUUUCUCUUAGCUUGUAUGGAAGCUUUGAGAUCAAUGCUUUCAUGUUUCCUGGCAUAUUUAGCUCUCCCAUGUAUUGUACAUGUUCCAUGGCGUUGCAACAUUCACGCAGAAACAGAGCAUAAGCUUGAAGAGAUUUUAAAUCCUCCGCCUUCACUAGUGGCCAGCUGAGCACCUUUUCCAUGUAGGCUGCAGUGAUCUUGUAUUCAUCACCAAAAUGUUGUUCCAACAGAUUCUUUGCCAUUUCAUAACCUCUGUCAGGUGGCAUGUGUUGACAGCUACGUACUAAGUCUCUGGGCUGACCCCUGGUGUAUUUACCGAGGAAGUACAAACAAUCACCUCUGUUGCUCGUGUUACGCUCUACACAAUGUGCAAAUGCUUGGACAAAAGUUCUAUAUUGGAGAGGAUCUCCAUCAAAAUAUGGAAUCUCUCUCGGAGGCAGCAGAUGAGAAGUUUGUUGCUCCACUAGCAAUGCUGUUAUUUCAUUUUUUCUUUGUAGUAAGUUGCAUACAGUUGUUUCAUCAUUGUUUUGAAUACAAAUAUUGGUUGGAUUGGUUGACUGCUCAGGAGGGUCCACAGGAAGUUUGCUCAAGGGUUUUCUGUAUUGUUUCAAUUUAUUGUCCUGUUCUGUAUCCCAAUAUACAUGCUGUUGGUAUUGUUGUUCUUGCCAAGGUGGUUGUUGAAUGGGUGGUUGCUGAAUGGGUGGUUGCUGAAUGGAUGGUUGUGAUUCAGGUGGUUGUGAUAGGGAUGGCUGGUAAUCCUUGGCAUGAGGAUUGAGUGUGCCUGAAGGUUUCUUUGGCCUUGUUCCUGUUCUAUAAUAUGAGUCCAUUCCAUCCGAGUGUGUGGUUGAUGGAGCUUGGUGACUGGGGGGGUUUAGUACUGCUACCUUAGCCUCAGCAGCAGCCAGCUGUGUGUCAAGUUCCAGCAUUUCCUUUUUCUUUCGCAGCAUUUCUUCCUGUUCCUCCAGUGCGUGCCUCUCCCUUAAGGCUGCAGCACGUAUAGCAAGUGCAGCUCUCUCUGCCUCCGCCUGUAAGCGUGCUGAUGACGUUGAGGAUCUGCUAGAUGUGCUGGAUGACGAUUUUGUAUGACUUUUCCCAGUAGACCUUUUACUGCCCACAUUAGAAAUGCUGUCAUGGGUAUUAAUUUCAUAUUCCACGUCCUCCUCAUUCACGGUUUCCACAGGUUCCCGGCCAUCUGCACAUUUCAUCCAUUUUUCCAUGUCAUCAAUAAAUUUAUCAAUACUGAGCAUCUUUGCUUGAAACCAUACUCCGUGUUUGUCCUUUUCCUCCGGAGGUAAUAACGGUAAAAGAGACUCGUGCCUCUCUAGCUUCCUUGCAUACAUGCAAAUAUUUCUGAAAGGAGCAUCGCACCUCUGUUUCACAUCCUCCGUCUUCCAUUAACUCGCGCAUUACCUUUUGCAAGUUACUUGCCUUAUUUAGUUUGGAGGCUCGAACCUCUUGUAGUGUGGUCAGCUUUUCCAUUAAGGCCUUCGGGGUUAGUUUGAUUGUGCGUUUUUUAAGGACUUGUGUUUCCUUUCCACCGUUAUUUGUCGCUUGCGUGGACUGUGUUUCAGCUGUGGCUUCAACCAACAAAGCUUGAUCAUUUGUUUCACUCUGUACAUUUUCUGACUUCAUCGUCACACAAUACCCUCAAAUUAAAUAUAAUAAACACCACCUUUCAUUGGAUCAGUUACACCAGACUUUUUUUGUUUCAAGUUUGAAUCACAAAUACCUUCACCCAUAUAAUACACACCUCAGUUCACAAAUAGAACAAGUCACAAUUAUUUCAGUUCGAGUUCAGUUCGAUACCAAUGCAUUGGAUUUGUCUCUUUCCUUUUAUUUCAGGAAAACGGCCCUGUGUGUGCACACAAUUGUUUAUAGUUAAUUAUGGCCAUGUAUUGUGUUGGUAGCGCAACAUACCUGUUGUCCAUACGCUGUAUGUGCCGACUGUCCGUGUCCAAACCAGCGCUUACCGUCAUCCAAACGAUGCGUGCGGGCGCUUAUCUGAAGUAAACAGCAGGCCGAGCAGCGUCGUCCUCACAUACCACUACACAACGCGGCUCCGAAUUGCUCCGAUCCAACGCUGUCCUCAGCGAUCAGCAGUUGCUCUGUAGGACAAUAAAUCCAGCGAUGUCCUCAGCGAUCGGCAGUUUCUGGAGCCUGAAACGUCCAACGUUGAUCCUCUUCCUGGUUUUAAACUUAAUAGUUCAUGUUCUCAACAAUAAGCCAGUUUUCGACUUUUUGUAGUGACUUUACCUGUAGUCACUGAGGUGGCAGUUAGUGUCCUCCAGUCUGACGCGUGCGGCUUCAAAUUAAAACAGUGUCUCUGCUCGUUUUACUGAUGUUUCAUUCAUUUACGGUACUGCAGGUAAGUUAUCAUUCAGUCAACAUUAAGUUUCCAGUAAACCAAUAUUAUACAACCUGAAAACAUUCACCUGCUUGACACGGCGUUUGAGCACGGUCGAAAACUGUUCGGCUUCCCUUACCAAACUGCACACCUGCAUUCAUUCAUUCAUUAGCCAUCAUAUAUGCAGUCCACUCCCAACAGUGGGCAACCCCGUGGCUCCUAAAGCCACACCCACACAGUCAUACCGACACUAUCAACAAUCAAAACAAAGUAACCAUAUUUUGGCUCCAACAGAGCUGCUUUGCACUUUUUAGACUGUUUAUUCACCAACACUUUAUUCAAUAAAAGUCCCAUCUGGUUUUUAUGAAGAAUGUGAUGUUUUAAUUUCUCUGUGAAUAACUGCAGUCUAAUGGAACAGCUGGAGUUGUAACAUCUAUCCUGAUAUUGAUCAUGAAGUAUUGAUCAGAAUACUUAUGGUUAGCAGUCAUCCCUGAAGUUUUAUAUUAAAAUCUUUACUUGUGUUGUGAACUUUGGUAAGAAGCAGAAACGUUAGCGUUGCCGUGGAUAGAUGAGUGUUAAAUUCUGUCCAUGUUUCCAUUUUGGGAAAUGCAGUCCAGUUCCAGAAUGUGGAGGAAUUAAGUCUCACAAUCACAGACAACAAAUAUUAUCUGAAAGUUGGGUUAUUGUUGUUUAUCAGCACAAUACAAAAAGAUUCAUGUUAGAAAUAUUUCAGUUAAGACUCUAGAAUAUCAUGAUUUAUGUAAAUUUACCUCAAUAAUAUGAAUGUUCAGGUUAAGAUUGUGCAGUGAUAUUUAAGUUUAACUGAUUAUUAAUUAUUAUAUUAUUAUUAUAAUUAUUAUAUUAUUAUUCUUUAUUAUUAUUAAUUAUUAAUUAAUUAUUAUAAUGAUUGAUCAUUAUAAUAUUUAGGGUCAGACCCUACAGUAUUGAGAUUAAGAAAUUAAAUAUUCUAUAAAAUAUAAAUAUGCUGAACUCAUUUGGAUAUAUUUAAGUGAGACUACAAUAUUAUUUGACACAAAUCUAUCUAAAUCAAAAUUUGAAUAAUUUUCACGCCAAACAUUUACUGGACUGAUUUAAAUAUUAAAAUCACUCCUUUCUAAUCCUCUGCUGUACAUUCAAACCUGAGGCCUUAAAUAGAAACACACAAGUAUCUGAUUGAAGGAACUUCUGCAGAGUCCUGGUUCCAGAACAUGACGAUAGAAUUAUAGACAAACUUUAACAAAAGCUGCCUGAGAGUUUACAGGUUUUUAUGUUAAAUUUCUUCAGUAAUUUAAUGAGAGUUAUCAGCAAAAAUCAAGUGUUCAUUUGAUGAAGUUCAUUUCCUAAAACAUCCAGAAUUGGAGCUCAUAUCUUUGACAGCUGUAAAGUUUCUGCUCCUUCAAAGUUCACAACACAAUGAAUUAAUUCCUAAAACACUCUCAAUGCUGGAGAGCGUUUGUGAUGCUGAAGCAGUGAGCAGUUUUUCUGUUUCUUCUCUGGAGAUGCACAAUGAGGGGUGUCUGCAGAGACUGAGAAAGAGUCUCACCACAUCCUUACAUGAGGAAAAAGACUUUAUUGAAGACUACAAUGAGAAAAACAGACAGACAGCAGACGGCUGCAUUCAAGGUGAGUUCUGAACAUUUGAUCUGGAACAGGAAUUUAAUAACGGCAGCAUGAGCUUCAUUUCGGUCUGUAGCUGCUGAAUUCAUGGAUGAAUCAUCUGGCACUAGAGAAGACCAUCAAACAUCCACGUCAGCUGAUGGAGGUCCAAGAGUCUCACCAAACAACCAACCUACAGAGUGAAGACCUCGAAUCUGAUUGGAUGGCCUCCUAUUCAGCCACGUGUGAACAAAUGCCUCUAAGCUGAUUUGUUUUCUAAAAUAAAUCUAGUUUGAGUCCUAAUCUAUGCCUGUGUGUUUGCUUCUUUACACCGCUGUUAACAAUUUAGGCUGUUAGAUUGUUCCAGAUAAGACAAAUACAAGAUUCUUCAGAGCCGUUCCACCACAAGCCUGACAGGAAGAACUUCAACAGCUACUGAGUGUUCCUGUGGUCCCCUCAAGGCUACAGGAGGAGUCCUACGAGGACGAGCCGGUCCACCUGAUGGCGGCCAGUCGCUGUGGUUCAAAGCCAACACCGACUACGUGGACUUCUACUGGACCACACGGAGGCCUUCAAACUGGACCAACAAGUUCACCGUCUCCCCGACUCGUGGGUCUGAGGACGCCGCCGAGCCUCGGCCCAGCCGGCCGCCUGUCUGUGGGUGUUUGAGUGCAGAGAGAGGGCUUGGCUGUAGGGGUUGGUUUUGGAGCCAUAGGAAAGACUUCGUCUGCUACCUUUGAGAGUGCCAGUGCAAUUUGGCCAUCGGUAUUGGCAUCCAGAAUUUCCCAGAAGGCUUGGCAGUGAGCCUGCCGCUCCGAGAUUCAGGGGUCUCAACUUGGACAGCCU